CUUUUGAAAUCUACAUUCAUUCAUUCUCUUGGUUGUAUAAUCUGUUCAGUCAUUCUUUUCCGUCUAUUCAUUCAAGCCCGACCAUUCAGUCUUCAGUACGGAUAUCGCAGCUGUUCGAAUUUCCAGUCUCUACGACCUCAUUCCAAGUUAGACUCGCUAUCACAACGUCUAUAAUAUUUCCAAAGACGCGUCGACCCCGAACUUUGUCUUACUAUUGACUUUAAUAUGGCUUCUCUCGCAGCCCCUUCUUACCUACACCUACCCCAGGGCAAUGGACUUGAAAGACCACGCUCGGCGCUUCAGGUUCGCGAUCUACCUGCCUUCAAUUCAUUACCAUCCAAGGACCAUGGCAGACCAUCGCUGCCAUCAAUAGGACGCGAGAUCCCCCGUCCGUCGUCAACUUCAUCGCAUCUUUCUUCGUACACUCUCCAAAGGCACAGCAGCGCUCCGAUGCUGCAACUCCCAGCACUCUCAGCUCUGGCCAACCUGGCAACGACAUCUCCUUCAGCAGAGGAUCCAAGAUGCUUCAAUGUCCGUCACACUAUGAAUUAUGCUACUGCAGCACCUGCAGCGCCGAGCGGGCAAGCGCAGUCUCCUCCCAUCUGCCAGAACUGUGGUACAGGCACAACUCCGCUAUGGCGACGAGAUGAGUCUGGCAGCGUACUCUGCAAUGCUUGUGGAUUGUUCUUGAAGCUGCACGGGCGUGCGCGACCGAUAAGCCUCAAGACAGAUGUCAUCAAAAGCCGUAAUCGUGUCAAGACGAACCCCGGACAAAAGAAGAAGAGCUUCACUGAGCUCAACGGUGGUCUGCCUGCCGCUCAUCCUGAUCUUCCUGCCCCCAUUCCGUCUGCCCUACCUCGAGGCCCAGGCCACCGCAUACCAUCUGGUGGCUCUGAGCGGUCGCACUCCCCCCUUUCACGACACGGUACUCCAGGCUUGCACCACACCAACAUCGCACCGCAGCACAUGUUCGACGGUGUAACCUUUGACGGUACAAACUUCCACACGUCGUCCCUCGCGAACAUAGCCAACCUACGCCAGCCCUCUCCUUCGAACUCAGUCGCAAAUGGCCAGCUCGACCAGUCCCUCAGUUACGAUAGCCUCGUCCUCCAGAACAAUGGUCUGAAGACUCGCGUCAGUGAGCUCGAGGUCAUCAACGACCUCUUCCGAGGGCGCGUUGCAGAGCUUGAAAACAGCGAGCAAGACGCCCGACGAAACCUCGACGAGUCGCGUGCUCGUGAGAUUGACCUCAAGCGCAGGGUCGAAGAGAUGGAAGCCGAGCUUGCAGACGCCAGGGGCAGCCCUUUGAGACAUAAGAGAAUGAAAAUGUCCGAUCUUGUCGACGAAAAAAUGACCUCGACCCCUGUGUCGACGCCACCAACCCAGUCCUCAUGAGAACUACCACUACUACUACUACUACUACUACCACCAGCUACACCGCCGCGCACACGUCUCAAUAAUACACGUAAAUGACGCCCCAUAAAGUGGCACACAUCCAACGCACCUUCCACUCCGCACGGAUCAAUUUCCUUUCUGUCUCAUGCUUGCAUCCACGCUCUGUCUAUAUUCUCCUGAGAUAUCCAC